UCUUCGCGUGCUGCGCGCUGUUAUCACUCUUCAAGGAUUCUACAUUUUGCCUUUUUGAUUUUCAACAAAAGUGAAAAAUCGCGGGUGUUCACUAUAAUGUUUUUCAGAAUCGCCAUUUUCAUAGGUCUCGGCUCAGUUGUUGCAACAAUCAUUUAUUUGACACCCAUACCAGAACAAACGUUUUUGUCGUGCGACAGACCCUGCCAUCAUCUGGACUGGCCGAUGAUUUGUCGGGUGAAGUUGACAUUAGAACCUUUUCAUUCGCUCAGCAAGGCUUGUGGUAAUUGUUUGGUGAAUGAGACAUCGUGUUUAUCAAAACAUUGUGUCUCCGUUGAUGGCCAUCGGCGCGGAAUACUGACAGCCAAUCGGCAAUUACCAGGACCUAGCAUUCAGGUCUGCGAAAAUGACAUUUUGGUAGUCGAUAUCGUCAAUCGAUUGCCGGGAAGGGCAGCGACCAUGCACUGGCGAGGGCAGAAUCAGGUCGAGACUCCUUCUAUGGACGGCGUUCCCCUGGUCACCCAGUGCCCAAUACCAAGCUAUACAACUUUUCAAUAUAAAUUCAGAGCUUCCGUACCUGGAACCCAUCUUUGGCACUCUCACUCAGCGUCUGAUAUAGCCAAUGGUAUUUUUGGUUCAUUAAUCGUGAGACAAGCGGACGUGAGAGAACCGCAUCGUAAUCUCUACGAUGUAGACGAUCCCAGUCAUGUUAUUCUCAUCUCUCAGUGGCAUCACUCCAUUCAAUCUGAUUACGGUAUCAAUGACUACGGCGCAGCCAAGAAAUCGGCAUUGCUGCUAAUUAACGGAAAAGGUCGUCAGCCGCAUGACUCGAAAAUGCCAUUAUCAGUUUUUAACGUUAUCCCCGGCAAAAGACAUCGUUUUAGAAUAGCUCAUGCUGGUGGCACCGGCAUAUGCCCUGUUACAUUUUACAUUCACCAACAUUCGAUGCUACUCAUUGCCCUGGAUGGCCACCCCAUACAACCGAUGACGAUCGACAAAAUUACGCUGGCCAAUGGUGAAAGAGCAGAUUUUAUUUUGGAAACGACUGGCGGAAAGAAUGAUCGGUAUAAUAUCACCGUUCAGACCGUAAAAUCGUGCAGAAGGAGUUCGAUUAGUGGCUCGGCAAUAUUGAAAUAUCAAAUGCCAAAUUAUUUGAACGCAAUUGAUGAGCCUGCGAUCAUGAAAACAGCGAAUAAAAAAAAGAUGACGACCAAUCCGGCUGACGAGUGUCAGACAGCGGAGAAUAUUUGUGUGACCGAAGUUAAAGCACUGAAAACAUUGCCAGCGGCUUUGACCAAACCGAGAGCACAAGUGACGAUUUAUCUACCGAUUAAUCAACAAACACUUGUAUCGAAUAUUGCAGGGGAGGAUAUGAAGAGGCUGAGUAUGAAUAAUGCGAGCUUCAUAUAUCCCUCAUCUCCAUUGCUAACUCAAGGUGCAGAUGUACCCGAGGAUAUUUUGUGCUCUGGGGGUGAUCCCAAUCUGUCUAAUCACUGUAAAAAACAGGAAAAUGGAGGGACUGAGUGCGAGUGCGUCCAUUUGAAACGUAUUCCGCUGGGCGCCACUGUGGAAAUUAUCCUUUUAGAUCAAGCUGGGCGCGACGAUCUCAUCUAUCACCUUCAUGGAUAUCAUUUUUACAUUGUGGGUGCCAGGCAUUUCGGUAAAAGUGAAAGUCUCGAUGAUAUCAAAGAAAUGGACAGAAAUGAUGCUUUGUUUACCCGUAAUUUGGCUUGUCCACCACUCAAGGACACAGUGAUAGUACCAAAGUAUGGAGCAGUAGCAAUUCGAUUUAAGGCUGAUAAUCCAGGCUAUUGGAUGCUUCGUGAUGAGCACGCUCCUGAGUGGACGCGUGGACUAGACGUUAUUCUUCAAGUUGGUGAUACCACUGACAUGGUACCAGCGCCUCAAGAUUUUCCAAAGUGCGGAUCGUUCGUUGGACCUGAUUAUUUCCUCAUUUAAGAGCCCCUCUCACACAAUGAUAACUAAAAUGUCGCUGUAUAUAAUGUUUUUGUACAUAUU